GUUUGCUUAAAAUUGACAAUGUAGGUGGUAUGGGUCAUACCAACCAAUACCACUUGAUCCAAUUCAAUGACCUCUGGCCGCUACUUCAAAAUCCCAUUCCCAUACAAUAUCACUCAAAAUCUAAACUUUAUUUAUAAGUUCCACUAAAACAUCCCUAAAAUUCUCCCCAAAAUGCAUUGUGAUAGCUUGAUUUCGCCCGCAUCUACCUCAACCUUCCAAUUCCCUGCAAACCCAAAUCCUUCGAUCCUUUCUUCUUCAUCUUGCUUUUCCUUCCCUUUGAACCAAACAACACCUCACUUUUCAACCCUCAAAGCUCGUGCCACCGUCAACAAUGGUGUCUUUACAAAACCCAUCUCACAAAUGUCCUUUUAUGAGCUUUUAGGCAUUCAAACGUCUGUCGAUUUGUCAGAAAUUAAGCAGGCUUAUAAACAACUUGCUCGAAAGUAUCACCCUGAUGUUUCACCUCCAGAUUUAGUGCAAGAAUAUACUGAUAGAUUUAUUCGUGUUCAAGAAGCUUAUGAAACUUUGUCUGAUCCUAGAACUAGAGCUAUGUAUGAUCGGGAUAUGGCUCGUGGACUUCAUCUUGCCUUUUCUGCUCGGAAAAAGAUGCAGUAUCAGUAUGACGAUGAGGAAACGGAGGACAAAGGUGAUUGGCGAGGUCGUUGGCAAACCCAACUAUCGGAACUGAAAAGGAGAAGCGUGUACAAAGAUGCAAAUCCAAACUCUUGGGGAGCCAGAAUGCGCCGUCAAAGGAAUGCUUCAUCUUCUUGAUCAUCAAUCAUCAUGAUCAUAAAUUUACUACGAAAAGCCACAAUGUAAAUAUAUGUAUUAUAUAUAUAUAUAUAUUCUUGUUUAAUUUUCUUUACAUUUAGAAUGGGUUUAAUGAAGAACAACAAGAAUUGGCCAUUUUCGGGAUUCAUCGAGUGUGCUCCGGGAUAAGUUCAAGCAAAGAUGUCAAGAGGUCACAUUCUUUUUGGUUCCAUCGUUUGAUAAUCCAUCUUCAUGUGAAACAAGUUCAUAUUGAAUAUAGUUAGAGUGAUGUUAUUUUUCAAGAUCGUGAUUUGUACGAUUUUUUAUUUGUCGAUUAUCGAAUCGAAGUUGUGGUUCAAGAGCAGUAAGAUGAGUUAUGAUGGCUCAUAUACUUCACCACAAAAAAAAAAUAAUAAUAAAAAAUAAAAAAUUAGAAGGCAAUUUGAGGUGGAAGGGAUGGGAAAGCAAAGUGGUUAUCUUAAUCUAAUUGGAAUUGGACUGCUGAACUUUGGAUAUUCAGAUAAAUUGUUUUGUGGAUGGAUAAAUGAUAAUUGUCAUGACUCAUGACUCACAACUCAUGGUCCCCUUUGUGUUAAA